CAACACAACUAAACAUAAACAAUACUUCCUUCCGUACAUUUACAAACCACAACGGACCCACCUACAACUAAGCCAACUUCUAAGCGAAGUAGUGCCACACUUCGUAUUUCGUUAAAACCUCGCAAGAAAAACUUUCCAGUGCACGUAGCUCGCAUAACGUCGACCCUCAAUCCACUACAAGGAAUGAGCAAAUAAGAAACUUGGAAAACUUUUCAAAGCACUUAGCGCAUCAGAGCCAUUUUUGUUGCAUCCAAGUUUGCUAAUUUUUUUCUACUUUUGCAAUUUUUGCAGUGUGGCAGCGUAUCUAUACGCUGUCAACCGGCGUCGGUACCGGUAAAAAAUUUAACAUACACACGUACACAUAGAGUGAGAGAGAGAGUCAGUGACUCUAUCGCUACAAUAGAAGACAAUUGUGGGUUUAAAAAGUUUUAAUACCCAAACAACAUCAAAGCAGCUGCUGUGCAUUUGUGAAGUUUCGAUGCAAGUAGAGGAAGCGAUGUGCAUUGCCAACGCCUUUGUUGCAGCAACUUGUAUGCAUUUCAGAAAUUAAAAUACCAAAAGCAAUCAACAACACAAGCAAGCAAAAGUAGUACAAAGUGUUGAAAAAUUCCGCUUAAUAACUUUAAAUUUUAAUAAACCAAACAUGACGAAACUUUGUUUAAAAAUGUUUUACUGCAUCUUCAUUUUCCUCUGCAUAAAUGUGCAUUUAUAUGCAGUUACUGGAGCGCCAACUCAUCAUUUAACCAUAAGUGUGGAAGGCGACACACCAACGCUUGUCGUUACUUCUGCUGAAAUUGGCAUAACGCCUGAGGUACUACAACAAACUGCAAAGACGACGAUAACUGCAAAGGGAUUACCACUAACGCCCAUAGCCAAAACAAGCCAAACAAUAACAACAACACCAACUAUAGCGAAACCGGUCUCCAAUACACAACUGUCGAGCAAGAAUGUUGAAGAGUACAGGAAAGAAUUUAAAAAUACAGCACCGAAGCCAAAAAGUAAAUCUAUGAAAUCCCAGUACACAAAGAAAAGACAACAAUUUCCAACAAAGGAUAAGACAAUAUGGCGUGAGAAAAAUUUUAUAAGAGCAACUGAAAUAGAAGUUUCAACAACAACAGCAACAACAACUACACCAGACACUACUUUAGCUACUCUACGUGGAACUAUAGUGACAACUCCAUUAAAUAAAACAUCCACUGAGGGUGCAGUUGAAGUUGCACAAGCUGCAACAGAACCUGUGCCAAAUUUGAGUGAGAAAAAGAUAGGCAGUCGGGAAAAUCAAUAUGAAACCACAGAGUAUGCGACGGUAGAAACCACAAAGAUACCAAUGCCAGGUGUUGUUGCCACUAAAUCUAUGCAGGUGUAUGAAAUAAGUGAGCCAACAACAAUGUCAGAUGCAACAACACUUGGAAACAUGCCACGCGUAAUAGCAACAAAAUCGUUACCGCCAGACGUUCUGGCAACAACUGCGUUGAAAUUGGAAAAUGAAACUAAGCAUAAUACAACCAUUGGACAAACAACACAGUCUACUUCAAAUGCCAUUAGUACAGACAGUGUCAUCAAUAUAAGUGCGAUGAUGUUGACAACGCAACAAGAUGAUGCUAAAGCCAUGCCAAAAGCAAUAGCAGAAUAUGCAACUGAAAAAAUUGCUAAGGAAACUGAUAGUGCCACAACAGCGGCACAAACAACAACUAUAAGAUCGAGAGUAGACACGGCAACAACAGCCAAAAUAGCAACUAUUUUACCUGGAGCUACUCUAAUGGAUGCAGUUGUACAAACGGCGGGAGUUAGCGAAGAGAUAUUAAAGAUGCCGGUAAUUACAACGGAACCGGAUAUAAUGACAACGACAAUCGAGUACACAGCAGCUACCGCAACUAUUGCGACUACUGCACCUACGGCAACAAGAGCUAAAGUUGAAGUGGGAAUCGUUGCACAAUUUAAUGACAGCCAAAUUGAUGAAAUUGUAACAACAAAAGACAGUGCCGACAGCACAAACAAUUUGAAAAACAACAGCAAUGCCAGUAGAGUAACAGCAAAGCAAAGUAAUUUGGAAGCUGUGAAUAUGAAAACAGCCCCCGUGAUUAUGACAACCAAACAUCCAGAGGCAAUAAAUGUGUUGCCUACAAAACAGCAGCGAGAACAAACGCCACAGCAUGAACACCAUCAGGAAGCUGGUAGCAUAAAGCUUAUCGAUUUAGAGAAACAUGAUUUGGAGGCAAUUCAUGCUUUACAACAACAAAAGCUCUACCACCCACUCAAUGACGGACACGAUGGUGUGAAGAGCACUAAAAAGAAGCAACUAAUUGACAAGCAUUAUUUAGUUGAUGUGACAGAUAUGCCAACAACUGAAAGUGGUUUCAUCGCAACAGUGAGACGCAGUAAUGAAUCACAAGUAAUAGCAGCCACACCAACAGCAACAGCAACAGCAACAAAAACAAUAGUAGCAGCAACAACUGCCACAUCGAAAAAUACCGCUCAAGCAUCCACAACAACAGAAGCGACAUUAAUUGACUUACCAACAACAACAACAACAGUGGCGCUCACAGUGGAGACAACAGCAGCAGCAGAACCAGCAACUAAAAAAUCAAUAUCAAACGACCUUACAGCAACAAAUGUAGCAACAGCAGCAGCAACAGAACCAGUGAAAGCAACUAAAAGUCCAACAACAACUACAGUAAAGCAAUUAAGUGUUAAUCUGCAACUCGAUAAGUUGGAUCAAACUACAUUUCCAGCCACCUCACCACCCUCUUUAACGACAACUUUCACUCCCGUGCAUAGUGGUUACUUAGGUCCAAUUUUCAUGGGGGAGAAAACUUUUAGCGUUUUGCAUACUGCAAGCCAGCGACCGCAUGAACAGCAUGAGUCUUCAAUUGCCUCAAGAUUGCGGGAUGGACGCAUAGUUGAAAUAAUUGCGCCAACUGCAUUAGUUGAGCAAACAACAGAACAGCAUGAUAAUUUAAAUGAACUGUCAACAACAACAACAACAACAACAACUGGAAAACCAAGUCUAACAGAAGAAUUAACACCCGUACUUUCAACUACAGUAUUUGAAGUACCAAAGGCUAUAAACAGUGCCACACGUUUUCCCGAAAGAAAGAACUUGUUGAGUGCAGAAAGUAUUGCUGGAAAUGCUGGUAUACCUACUGCAUUAGAUAAUACAGUACGUACGGAGUCCAAAAUUUCUGAUAUACAAAUUGAAGUCUACGACUCAACGAUUGAUUCAAUUGUAGCUUCUACAAAUUUUAAGGACAAUGAAGGCUAUUAUUCUUUACCAGUGGAAUCAGCUGUAGGUACUACGCGUCCACCAUUGGCAGCGUCCACACAAGAACGCUUUACGCAAUAUGUAGUCGAUCGUGUAGAUAGUUCAACACCAGAAUCUAAUAAUAUAGCAGCAAGUGGCGGUUUAGGCAAGCCCGAGCCGGCAGCUAUAGAAAUACAUAUAAAUGUAUCUGAGGGUAUUGGUAAUGAGAGCGAAGAUCUGGAAUUUUUAUAUAGACAAACAGAUUACAACGCCAACACUAGAAGUAAUAGUUAUAACCAUUAUGCUGCUAAGAACAGAAAUCCGAUAUCGGUUAAGUCUUAUGCAGCCAAUAACGCUGGUGGUGUACAGAAUGGUACCAGUGCCAACGGUGGCAGUGAUGAAGUUUUGGUUGUGGAAAUUAUAGAUACGGGUGAGAAUAGCACUGAUAACUCAGCUAGUGUAGAGAACUUAAAUCCUAUAUUUACUUUUCGUGCUGAUGCAGAUGCGGAUGUUGAACUCAAAGAUGUAAAAUAUUAUAAUCAAAAUGCUUUAGUUAAACCGCCGCAAAUGUCAGAUGAACUUUUUACUGCUGAUGUCAAGCAAAGCGGUAGUGAUGGUUAUUUACAGCCACCGCCACCACCACCACCACCACCACGUAAGCCAAACAUAGAUCGUGAUUCUGAUACUAUUUUCUAUAUAUCAAAUACUGAGGUUAAAGUGGGUGAGUCUCUACCAACACCCAACACCAGUUAUGAGCAGUUGCAACAGCAACUACGUAAGAGACGUCUCGAGGCACAGUUUUUUCCAGCUAAUUACAAAGCACCAACUACACCAACUAAUGUUGGAAAAAUGAGAAAUCCACCCUUGCGUUAUGAAGAAGAUAUAUAUUUAUCACCGUUGCAGCACACCUCAGAUGCGUUGAAGAUUUUUCGUAGUGGCAUAGAUGGCGCACCGCCACUCGACGUUACUUAUGUUGGUGAAUCUGUGAUGGAAGUUGAACAGCAACAACCCAGUAGUAAUAGUGUUGGAGCAACAACAAUUGUACCUGCACAAGCACCUGAUGUCAUCAUACAACCGGCUAUACUGCCGGAAAUGUCAAUAGGUGUGCCUGUAAUAGGUGAACUGCCGCCACAGAUUGAAUUGAAAGAAAUCGAUUUCAUGCCCGACGAAGCAAAUCAACAUCGCUCAGGCGUAUAUGAGAAUGACAUUGAAGAGAACGUGAAUGGCAAUGAAGUUGACAGACUUGUCGAGUCGUCAAUACAAUACGGUGGCGAUCUGAUAGACGAAGGUGCUGGUGGCAUUGGCUUUGAUGGCGUUGAGGGUUCUUAUCCAUUUGGCAAUCCAGCUACGUUACAUCGCAAUGCGAAACACACCGCGGCAGACUAUGCACACUUUAUACUCAAUCAUGGCGUUAAUAAUUUGCGCAAGGAUGAGUUAAGCGUAGAUGUGGGCAACUCAGCAGAAAUGCAGGUUGGCGAAAAUACCACAUUAAAAGAGUACUUGGCAAAAAACGGUAAUGACACUGCGAUGAACAUAAGCUAUGCUAUUGCUGAACGUAUGGGUAAUGCCACCGCAUUUUCAGUAAUGGAAGAACCAAACCUUGGAGGUGGCCUAGAACUUGAUUUUCAGAAUGUGUACACAUUGUUAAUUGGACUUUUCAUCAUCAUCAUACCGAUUGCGAUAACACUGACGAUGGCUUGCGCAUUGCAUUACCUUUAUAAAAAAUACCAAUCGAAUUCGAGUGAUUCAGAAAAUGGAGAUACACAACAGGGCAAUGGAAAAGCGGCUUACGAUGGCGAUGGUGGCGAGAAAGGCGAGGAUAUUUCACGGGAUGCACGUGAGACGAAAAUGCACUACAAUACCUCUGACAAAGAUGGCGUCUUUGUGGUUGAAGUUGCACGGGGUGUGGACUCGAAGACUAUACCUGAGAGUCCAGUAGGUGAUGGGAGUGAUAAAAGAUUGCCAGGCUGUGAGGACAGUAUGGUGAGGGUAAAAACUGAGGAUGAAAAAGUUUUAAGAAAUCAUGAACAUGUGCAGAUACAUUCACCACCAGUAGAAUUGCAAUGCAACGCAAAUGCUGCAGAACAGAAAGUGAAUCUACAACAAAUUAGGGAGGUAGAAGAACAUGAAGAAUUAAAUCAGUUACAAAAUAGCGCUGAAGACAAUGAAAAUGUGGAAGCAAUUAGUUUGGCAAAGCACGCAAACACUGGUUUGUCUCAGUCGGAUUUGAGUUCAACUUCAUCCAGUGAUUCUAAUAAGCGCUAUUCAUAUGGCAACCAAGAAUUAUACACUGUGGAACAAAGUGGCUACGUAAGUGCAACAGCUAAUUUAAACUUUGACAUGGAAACAGUUGUUGAUGACACAAAUGAAAAUGACCACAAGUCAGAAAAUGGACAUAGCCUGGAACAAACAGCAAUGUCAGUCAAUAAUAAUGCUGAACUAGAGGUAACAAAGAAUUCUGGCAAACUAUUGCAUGAACAGAAACCGGAGGAGGUAGAAGUGACUACACCACAAGAACUAAAACCAAAUGCUGUUGUUGAUAGCAUAGAAAUAAACAUCUCAGCAGCCGAAGUAGUUGUUGAUGCGGAAAUUGAAACUGUCGCUAAUGCACCAAAUAAACCAGUAGUUGAUGCAGUUAAUGCAGAACAAAACCAAAUUGUAACUGAGACAAUUACAGCUGCAGUAGAGGAAAGUAAUACAACAAAGGAUGCUGAGGAGUGUGAACAACAAGUAGUAAAAGCAGUUGAAGUUAUUAAUUGUAACACUGACAAUGUAACACCACAAGUACUGGCUGUUAACGGUGAAGUACAUAGUGUGAGUUCUGUUAAUGGCGAAGUAGAUUUGGAAAAUGCUUAUGAUAGCAUAAUGAGUUUACCAGCACCACCAACUUCUGAAGAAAUAACAGAACUGAAUGAAUAUAGUCUAACUGAGGCGAAUCAGUUAGAUUCCUUACCACCACCACCGCCACCAUUGACCGACGUCAACGACAAUGGCAAUGAACAGUUGAAUGUAAUGGAAACCGCAGAAUUGCAUACUACAAUAAUGAAUGGUAACACUGAAAAAUAUAAUGGGCAUGACAACUCCUGUUUGUCGACAUUAGCUCAAUCAUUGAAUGUUACUAGCCAUGGCAAAAUGUUACCCGCACCUCUGACACCACCAGCUUCACCACCGACGCAUUUCGCAAACGGCGUUAAUGGCAUUUGUGCACCUUUACCCGUAGUUGUCGAUGUUAAUGGCAGUUAAUACGCAGGCCAACAUAGCAAUAACAUGCGAUACCAACAUGUGGUGAAUUAAUGCAAUGCAUGAGAAAUACACCACGAUGAAGUGUUGUAUUGAAAAAUCGAAGAGUUUUGGAUUGCAACGAAAAUUAAGUAAAAUAGUUUAAAAUUAGGAAAUGUUUAAGAGCAUAAAUCGAAAUGUAGGUAUUGAAACGGAGAAGCAGAUGAAAUUUGAAAACUAAUGAACGUACACGUAUAAGUUUUAGUGAAUUUUUAAAGCAAAAAUCGUGAAAUAAUUAUGUAGUGACAGGCAUUCUAGAUUUUAUACAGGCAGUUUGAAAUCCUUUUUUGGUUGUCUAGAUUUUCAAAUAUUUAUUAAUAAUUUUAUUCAGUAAAAGCAUUUUAUGCAGUGUUAAGUUUUGUUGGUAAUCUUAGUAGAUAAGUAUAGAGUAAGGAUUUACAAAAAAAAAAGAGAAAUAGUAAAACUAAGCCAGUAGCGCUAAAAUAAUGGAACUGAAGUAAAGUCAUUUUUAAACCGAUUAAAAUAAAUUAAUUAUUAGCUGAUAAUAAGGUUUUUAGUCAAAGCGGAUGGUGAAAAAUAAGCAAAAUUAUGGACUAGAAAAACUGAAAAAGAAGAAAUGCUGAAACAUGAAUAAUGGACCAGCGAUUUUGUAGCAAAAUAUGCGAUUAGCAGAUGAAAUUUAUAUUACAGAAGUGAACACCACUGUGUUUCACCAAAAACAUAGAAAUAGAAACAUAGAACGUCACUGUGUUUCAACAAAAACAUAGAAACAGAAACAUAGAAAAACAUGGAAACAUAGAAAUAUUUCUAUGUUUUUGGUUUCACUUCAAGAUAAUGUUAAGCUAUUGUUGCUACUGUGGUUAACUUAGCACUGUUAAAGUAAACAACAUUAAUAUUUCGUGCUAUAACUUCAUGUUGGAAAUAAAAGAACGAAUUUAAGACCUAAAAAACACAAUAAAUAAAAAUUAUUGGAGAAGAAAAAUUUCCAUAAAAUAAUAAGUGAAACUGUUCUGCGAAGUAAAAACCUUAGU